AUGACCUCCCGCGACGGUUUCCAAUGGACACCUGAAACUGGUCUUUCACAAGGUGUCCCUUCAAUUGGUGUCAUUUCUCCUCCUACAAACAUCUCGUCGUCUUCCGCAAAGUACGAUGUUAUCGUUGUCGGUGCCGGAUAUUCUGGUCUUACGGCCGCUCGUGACUUGACCCUUGCCGGUCUACAUGUCCUUCUAAUCGAGGCUCGUGAUCGUAUUGGUGGACGUUCUUGGUCUUCCAACAUUGGCGAGUAUCCAUUUGAGAUGGGUGGAACUUGGGUGCACUGGACUCAGCCUCAUGUCUGGCGAGAGAUCUCACGAUACAAUAUGCGAACCGAGCUGGAGAGAUCUAUUGAUUUCUCAAGUGGUGUAAACCACUUCCAGUUGCGCACACAUCAGGGUUCCUCAAUAAUGAGCCACGAAGACGAGGAUGCACUCCUUUCCGCUGCCAUCUGUAAAUUUGUCAACGUCGAUGGUGAUAUGGGCAGAAAGGUUAUUCCUUUCCCACACAAUGCGUUCCACGUCCCUGAGGCUCGUUGUUACGAUGAAAUCUCCGCCCAGGACCGGAUAGACGCCAUUGCUUUGUCUCUUACUCCCAAUGAACGUGCAUGUCUUGAGGGUUUCAUCCUUCUUUCCAGCUGCGCAACGUUGGAAACAACCAGCUUCUUUGAAUUCCUUCAUUGGUGGGCUCUAUGUGGCUACUCCUAUCGUGGUUGUAUGGAAGCCUUGAUCUCGUACAAGUUCAGGGGAGGUCAGUCGACUUUCGCGAUCAAAUUUUUCAAAGAGGCGCUCGCUACUGGGAACCUCUCAUAUGCGUUCAAUACCCCUGUGAACUCGAUCAGUGAUUCAGUUGAUAAAGUUGCUAUAACUACUCGUGAUGGUCGUCAGUAUACUAGUGCGCGUCUGAUUUCUACUAUUCCCCUCAACGUUCUCAACUCUGUGUCUUUUGACCCUCCUCUGGAUACACAGCGUGUAUCGGCCAUAAAUACCGGUCAUGUCAACCAAUGUGUAAAGGUGCACGCCGAGAUUUCGAACAAGGAUAUGCGCUCGUGGACCGGAAUAUCCUAUCCCUCCAACAAGCUCGUAUAUGCUAUUGGUGAUGGUACUACACCCGCUGGAAAUACCCACGUCGUUUCUUUCGGUGGCUCUAGCAACGAGAUUCAUCCUGAAGAGGAUAUCAACGAAACCAAGAAAGCCGUUGAGAGUAUGGCUCCUGGGAACAUGGAUAUUCAGCGAUUGGUGUUUCACAACUGGAGCAAAGAUGAAUUUGCGAAGGGCGCUUGGUUCUUCUCGCCCCCUCGGCUGUUGUCAACAUCUUUGGAUGCUAUGCGGGCUCGACAUGGGAAUGUUCUCUUUGCAAACUCUGAUUGGGCUGUUGGCUGGCGUGCUUUCAUUGAUGGUGCCAUCGAAGAGGGUACACGGGCGGCUCUUACAGUCAAGGGGGAGGUUCAGCCUGCUGCCGCCCUGACCCCGUAG